AAAAGAGAACAAUAAAAAAGAGAUCAACGGCGAAAUCAAUCAUAGAGGGUACAACACUCCCCUCUUUUCCCUCCUCCACCUUUAUACACUCUUGCUCUUUUCUCAAUCGCACUACUUCAUCCACGACACUCAACAACCGCACCAGAAACCAAUCACCAUCAUGCUUCCUCUAUCUCUUCUUAAGACUGCACAAGGCCACCCUAUGUUGGUGGAGCUGAAAAAUGGAGAGACUUAUAAUGGGCAUUUGGUUAAUUGCGAUACAUGGAUGAACAUCCAUCUUCGAGAAGUCAUUUGUACCUCUAAAGAUGGAGAUAGAUUUUGGCGGAUGCCAGAAUGCUAUAUACGGGGGAAUACAAUUAAGUAUCUUCGAGUUCCCGAUGAGGUAAUUGACAAAGUUCAAGAAGAAACCAAGAGCCGUACAGAUCGCAAGCCACCUGGUGUGGGACGUGGGAGGGGAAGAGGUAGGGAGGACAGUGCUGGUGGACGCCAACCAAAAGGAGUUGGGCGUGGUUUUGAUGAUGGCAGUGCUAAGGGACCUGGAGGCCGAGGCAGGGGUGGACAAGGUGGAAAGCCUGGUGGAAGUAGAGGUGCUGGUGGGAGAGGUAGAGGUUGAUUUGAGCAAGUGAUAUGAAGUGUGAACUACUUCUAAUGGGGCCAGUUUGCUACUUCUAGAGGCAUUUGUGCUUUGUCUUUAUGCGUACCAGACAGAAGCAGACUUCACUGCCCUUGUUUCAUGUGCAUCCUUGGAUUUUAGCUUUCCAGUAUUUAUGGUCUCAAAAAUGUUGGUGCUAUUAAUAUAUUAUUUGAGGAAGGAUUCUUUAAUUCCUUCCCAAUGUCAAACUAUUUUUUUUUCUUUCCUCGCUUAUGAUAGAAUACCAACCAACCAACCUUGGUAUAUUUAGGGAUGAUCCUUUAUAAAUUGUACAUGCAACGUUUGGGGGUUUUAACUUGAACUCACGUUUUAGUAAUUUAAAAGAUAGUUAGAAAUUGUCUAUUUUUUUGUUGAGGAUGAAUGCUGAUUCUAGCUACUAUUAAAGGUUGUAGUAACGUAUGCGAUUUGA